AUGAUUUUUCCCACGUACUUUGCCCUAGUCGCUUGUCUGGCUCCCCUCGCUUUCGCUGUGCCUACUAGCCAGCCAACCAAGCGUGCCCUCCCCAGAUUGGGAGGUGUCAAUCUCGCUGGAUGCGAUUUUGGUAUCAACACCUCUGGUAGUGUUGGCGGCUCUGCCACUUGCCCCAACAGCAGCCAGAUCAGUCACUUUGUCAACGACGGUGUCAACGCCAUCCGAGUUCCCUUUGGCUGGCAGUAUAUCACUCCUUCUUGGGACUCUCCCUCGCUCUCCAGUGACUUCUUUUCCGCAUACGACAAGCUUGUCCGCGGUGUCCUUGAUGCAGGCGCUUAUGCCAUGAUCGAUCUUCACAACUAUGCCCGUUGGGAUGGGCAGAUUGUCGGGCAGGGCGGACCUACCGAUGACAACCUCGCGGCCAUGUGGACACUUCUCGCCGAAAAGUACGCCGAUGACGACAAGGUCAUUUUCGGCAUCAUGAACGAGCCCCACGACCUCGACAUCGACACCUGGGCGACCACCGUACAAACUUCUGUCAACGCCAUUCGAGCCGCCGGCGCCACCUCACAAGCAAUCGCUUUGCCUGGCACCGACUACACCGCUGUUGGUGGAUGGGGUGGAGAGAGAAACGACGCGUUGCUCGACGUGGCAGACCCCUCGCACGGGAGUGACAAGUCCCUCUUGCUCAUCGACGCUCAUAUAUACCUGGACUCUACCUCUGCUGGCACCGGCACCGAAUGUACCCGCGACGGGACCGACGAUUUGAAGUUGCUUGCCACUUGGCUCUCAGCCAAUGGCAGGAAAGCAAUCAUCUCCGAGACCGGCGGUGGUAACACCGACUCUUGCAAGAAAUACCUCGGCCAAGAGCUCAAAUACAUCUCGGACAACUCUAACCUCUUCACCGGCUUCACCAUCUGGUCUGCUGGCGCGUUCGAUUCUAACUACGAGCUCAGUAUCACGCCGGUGGACGGUGUAGACAAUGAUCUGUUCAACACCGCUAUCAAGGCUUAUUUGCCUGGGUACGUAUCUCUUUCAGGUCGGGGUGGAAGAACAGUGGCUAAUGGGGCUCUGUAG